AUGGGCGACUUCAAGCUGUCAGCCACUCUGCGCGGCCACGAGGACGAUGUGCGAAGUGUAGCUUUCCCUUCCCCCUCCUCCGUCGUCUCGGCGUCGAGAGACUUCACAGUCCGAAUAUGGGCACAGCAGUCAUCGAACCCGCCAGUAUGGGACAGCACGAUCAAGACCCACGGCAAGGAGUUCGUCAACUCGCUCGCCAUCGUCCCGCCCUCGUCAGACUACCCAAACGGCCUCAUCGUCUCCGGCGGCAAAGACCAGAUCAUCGACGUGCGGCAGCCCAGCAAAGGCCUCGAUGACGAUGCGGAUGCCCUCUUAAUAGGACACGGCAACAACGUUUGCGCCCUCGAUGUCAACCAGGAUGGGAAAUACAUCGUCAGCGGCAGCUGGGACAUGGAGGCACGGUUGUGGGAAGUAGGCAAGUGGGGCGAUUCGACUGUCCUGCAGGGCCACACUGCCUCUGUUUGGGCUGUCCUUGCCUACGACAACAACACCGUCAUUACUGGCUGUGCCGACAAGCAGAUUCGCAUAUUCCAGGCCUCUGGCUCAGCUACUCCAGUGCGGUCAAUACAGGCGCCUGAAGUGGUGCGCGCACUGUGUCGCUUGCCCCCGAACCACCCCUCUGGUGCACAAUUCGCAUCGGCCGGCAAUGAUGCUGUCAUUCGCCUGUGGACUCUCAAUGGCCAACAGGUAGCUGAGCUCCAUGGUCACGAGAACUUCAUCUACUCACUCGCAGUCCUUCCAAAUGGUGGCUUGGUGAGCGCUGGCGAAGACCGAACUAUGCGGAUAUGGGAGAACAACCAGUGCAUACAGACCAUCACCCACCCAGCAAUCUCUGUCUGGACUGUCGCAGUAUGCUCAGAGAACGGCGACAUCGCAACAGGCGCGAGCGACAAACUUCUCCGCAUCUUCACCCGCGACCAAGGACGCUAUGCAGCAGCAGCAGAGAUUGAGCAGUUCAAUGACGAUGUCAAGGGAUCAUCAAUACCGCAACAGACAGUCGGCGAUAUCAACAAAGAGAAGCUCCCAGGGCCCGAAUUCCUCACACAACGUUCAGGGACAAAGGAAGGCCAGGUUCAGAUGAUACGGGAGGCGAAUGGCAACAUCUCUGCAUAUCAAUGGUCUGGGGCGGCCAGUCAAUGGGUGAACGUUGGCACUGUAGUCGACUCAGCCGGGAGUGGUGGACGAAAGAUCUCGCACAACGGCAAAGAAUAUGACUACGUAUUUGAUGUUGAUAUUGAAGAUGGCAAACCUCCACUCAAGCUGCCCUACAAUGUCAAUCAGAACCACUACGAUGCCGCGCGCAAGUUCAUCGAGGACAACGAGCUCCCACUAACAUAUCUAGACCAAGUCGCAAACUUUAUCAUCCAGAAUACGCAGGGUGCAACACUAGGUCAGAGUAGUGCACAAGGAGCGGAUCCUUGGGGGUCGGAUGCAAGAUAUCGCCAAGGCGACGCAAACGAAACCACAUCGCAACCAGCACCAGCACCGCCAGCUGCUAAGAUCCUUCCCCAGAAGGAUUACCUGCCAAUCGCGACCGGAAAUCACAAGGUCAUUUUCAAGAAACUACAAGAAUUCAACCAGGCGGUAGUCAACGACGGACACAAGGGCAUAUCGCUAAACCCAUCAGACAUCGAGCAACUAAGCACUACCGUCGUUGCAUUAGAGAAGGGUGAUGGCAAGAGUAUCGACAUUACGGGAGUUGAGCUACUCGUCAAGGCGGCUACACAAUGGCCAGCAGACAAACGUCUCCCUGCGCUGGAUCUACUGCGUCUUGUUCUCGCUUUCGAAGAACCAGCGGCAUACCUAGUGUCGCCCGACCAAAAUCUACUGCCUGCUCUUACUGAGUCUGGGGUCUUUGCCAACUCAUCUCCGCCCAACAACACAAUGAUGGCCGUAAGGUGUCUCAGCAAUCUACUACAAACAGACAAGGGUCGUUUGCUGGCAAGCAACGAGUUCGACAACAUCCACCCGCUUGUAUCGCCCUUCAUCACUUCCACGAACCGUAAUCUGAUCAUUGCGCUCACAACAUUAUACAUCAACUAUGCGGUUCUGCUCACAUCAGAGAACAACGCCGAUCGAGCUUUGUCACUUCUUGACGACCUAUCAAGAGUUCUCACUACCGCCACGGACUCGGAAGCAGUCUAUCGCGCACUGGUUGCUACGGGCACAUUGCUCUGUCUAGGUCCCGACUUCUGCGAAGCUGGCAGAGACAUACUGCAAAUAGGCGAUGCCGUCAAGCGCGCAGAAGAGAAGGUCAAGGAACCGCGGAUCAAGAACGUCAUCGCCGAGAUUCGACAGAAGUUGCAGGGUUAA